UGGUCCUGAUGUACCUCGUGACGUUCCUGGGAGCUCUGUGCAAUGGCCUUACUGUGUUCAUCAUCUGUGUGAUUGCUCUCUUUUCCCUGCCACUUUUCUACAGACAACGCCAGGAGCAAGUGGACAAGUUCUUCGCAAAUAUCCAGGCUAAAGUGGACAACAUCAAGGACAUCUUUGUAAGAAUUGCCCAAGGCGGUGGCCCUCCUCCCGACCCAACUCCUGGUGGCACCAAACCCAAUUUCCAGUAGACACUAUGAACAAGAACUUUCAGACAAGCUCCCAGAGUUACAGGCUGUCACUCAGAUGUCUUACCCAGCAGUCUGUGCUCAGAGAACAGAGCUCCAGAGACUGGGGGAAGGGAUGUUACUUAAAAGGACGAUGACGAUGAGCAUGGUACUUUAUACUCUAACUGUAUUUAAGUUAUGGGGUCGUAGGUUGGGGUAGGGUUAAAAUGAAUCAAGGUGAAAUCAAGGUGAAUGAAUUCUGGAUGAGACUGUUGCUGCUGACGUCAGAGACGACACAGCUCGUCCCGUGUGACCAUCUUUGGAAACACUCGUUUUUAAAAUGUAAAAAUGACUAAUAAGUGUCUUAGAUUGAGCUUUAGUCCAAAUGAGGUACUAAGACCAGAGACAGGGAGUUCCCACACUGACGCCUGAGAAAAGGGACGUCAGUUUUCAAGGGUUGAGAUAAAAUAACAGGUCAUUAUUAUUCAUGGCAGCAUAGAACUGGCAAAUAAGAAUGCAUGUGUCGGCACAUGUACUUUUGUAGAUGCAUAUUCAUUCUCAUGACAGUUUAUCUGUGUGUAUGCAAGUAUGAAUGUGUUUGUGUGCGUGGAAUUCCUGAAAUACCGCUUGCUGAAAUAUUACCUACGAGCAAUUAA